UCCCCUCCCUCUGCUUGCUCACUAACACACACACGCACACACACACACACACACACAGACACACACACACACACACACACAUGCACACACUUCCUCCCCCGACUCUGUGCAAAAGUUCUUUUUGAAAAUGGGCCAAGAAUUUUAAUCUGCAGGUUAUUGGAAACAGAAGUUCACUCUGAUAGUUCAGACCCAAUGUUUCUUAGUUUGCUGGAAGUAGCUCAAACUCUGAAAAGAGACAUCCAUGUAGCAUUUCUCUGUGGCACAUUUGGUUUUAGUUGAAAACAGGGGUACUGACAGACAAUUUUCGAGGGUUGAGCAAUGUUAAAACAUGCACACAGACUGUGUACAAACCAGAUUUCCAAACAAUUUACAAACUAAUUUCACUCUGAAGUAGUUCAAACAAACAAACUAGGUCAUGAAAGUAGCAGAACAUUGUAUUGAGGAUUACAUGGGGAUGCUGACACUGAGUGUUUAAAGGAUUUUUCCUGUUCUUGGAACGAGCCCCAGCCUGUCAGAGUAAACUCACCCACCAGCAAGGGGAAGUGGAGUGGAGUUCAAGUGAAUCUCUUCAGGGAUGGGAGGAGCUGGACUUUCAUAUCACAUGUGUAAUUGAGCCAACAGCAACAACGUUCACAGGGUUAUGCAAUGAGAACAAGAAGGAGAAAGGACUACAACUCUGCAAGGAAAGGUUCAAGGAAAGAAGAGAGGAGUGUCUUUGAAAAGACAGUGAAGGUACACAGAGUGAGGAGUCUGUUUACCUAGAUAAGUUGCCUAUGUUAAUGAUUUCAGAUGGAUUCACUUCGUCCAGAACUGAUUGAUUUCCAUGGAGUCUCAAUGAGCCACUAUUUCACAGACAACUGGGAGAAUGUUCAAAACUUUCAAGCCCGACCAGAUGACAUACUUAUUGCAACUUACCCCAAAGCCGGAACCACCUGGGUCUCCUACAUCCUUGACAUGCUGUAUUUUGGUCAGACUGCCAAUGAGCGCCUGACAUCCAUCCCCAUUUAUGACAGAGUGCCUUUCUUGGAGAUAUGCCUCCCGUCAAUGGAUACAGGAAAGGACCAAGCAGACAAGCUCACAACCUCUCCUCGGCUCAUCAAAACUCAUUUUCCAGUCCAGUUUGUGCCAAAGUCCUUUUGGGAGCAGAACUGUAGGGUAGUCUACGUGGCCCGCAAUGCCAAAGACAACUUGGUCUCCUAUUAUCACUUCAACCGCAUGAACAAUGUUCAGCCAGUGCCGGGAGACUGGAGCACCUUUUUCCAAAGUUUCAUGGAGGGAAAGAUGGUGUUUGGAUCCUGGUAUGACCAUGUGAACGGCUGGUGGAAGAAGAAGCAGGCGCAUUCAAAACUUCACUACAUGUUCUAUGAAGACAUGAUUGAGGACACCGGAAGGGAAAUAGACAAGCUGUGCAGCUUUCUGGGAUUGUCCCCUUCUGUUGAGGAGAAAGAAAAAGUUGCAGGUGGAGCUCAGUUUGAUAACAUGAAGAAGAACAGCAUGGCCAACUACUCUACCCUCCCUGUUAUGGAUUUCAAAAUCUCUCCUUUCAUGAGAAAAGGAAAGGUUGGUGACUGGAAGAGCCAUUUCACUGUGGCUCAGAAUGAAGAGUUUGAUGAAGACUACAAGAAGAAGAUGAAGGACACUACACUCAAAUUCCGCAAUGAAAUUUGAACAGGACCAAACGUGACAGAUGUCACAUUUAAAUGUUUUAAAAAGUUUUCUCUGAUGUGAGCACCAUGUUUACAACAUUGACACUGAUACUGUCAAAUAAUCCUUACAAUGAAUCCAAUAACUCACUCAUACCUCUAAAAAUAAUGUGAAAGCAGCUUAAAAAUAUUGAUUGUAUAGAAUCAAUGCCACGUUGAAGAAAUGGAAAAUGUCACAGAGUGACAUUUAAUUACUGUAGGAAACAAGGGUUGUAUUAUUCUGGACCAUAAAGUAUCUGUACAGUGAUUGGAUGAUUUGGCUGUGUAGUUUUUUUGUCUGUUUUUUGCAUUUUAUCAAUAAAGUAAUCUAAAAAAAAUCUUAAAUGUCAUUUCAUAUUCAGUAUAUUGCAUUUCUACACAUUUUAAUGUCUCACUAUUUUUUUCUUUUUAAUGUAGCGAAGUGAAAGUUGCAAAAAAUAUAGAAACUCAAGUAAACCUACUUAAGUACUUUUACUGCACUUUGUCAUGAGUUGAUUUUCCUUUUUCGUUAAUAAAAGGUUAAACUUA